AGCUCCUCAGUCAGUAGCCGGUGUGAAUGUAACGAAAGGACGUUGGAAAGUGACGAGGCCAGUUUAACCGAAGUCAUUCUACUAUAGCCUACUCAGAUGUGGACAUGUUUUAGUGAAACAAAUAUUACACUGUGGAUAUACAGGAUUAUUGAAUUAAACGUGAAUAGAAUAAUUUAAGUUAUAGAAAACUUUUAGUUUCAAACUUUUUUAAUAGUGGGACUAUUUAAACAUCCCAAGGCACACAGGAACUGGCCGAGAGAAAGUGACUACCGAAUGCGCGCCCUUUUCAGUGUCUGGGAGUCAUUUCUGCUUGGUGUAAAUAACGGACAAGCGCGUCAUUUCACUUGCGAAUCAUAUUAGCCUAUUGAGGUCGUUUUUUUCAUCCUGGGGGACCACUCACAGAGACACAGCAUCUGUGGGACCAUGCUACAAAAUGGUAUUGGUAAGGAGAAACCUUCGGAACUGCCGAAGGCUGAGCCAGAACCAGACUUCCCAUCAGAACCUUCAACCCAGCCAGCCCCCAUUGACAGCGCAGUGCGAACGGCACAGGACACGGAUUCCACGCACUUCCCCCUGCCGGAGUUCCCCAAAUUGGAGAUAAAGCGUAACGCGGUGACAGACGAUUAUAAGAUAUCUAGUCAGGUCCUUGGGUUUGGGAUCAAUGGGAAGGUUCUGGAAUGCACAAAUAAGAAGACGGGGGAGAAGUGCGCACUGAAGAUCCUCUAUGACAGUCCCAAGGCGAGGCAGGAGGUUGAGCUUCACUGGCGGGUGUCGGGGGGGCCUUACAUCGUUGGUAUUCUCAGUCUGUACGAGAACAUGCAUCAUGGGAAGAAGUGCCUUCUCAUCAUCAUGGAAUGUAUGCAAGGGGGAGAACUGUUCAGCCGGAUCCAGGCCAGAGGAGACCAAGCUUUCACUGAGAGAGAGGGCUCAGAGAUAAUGCGGGAUAUUGGCACGGCCAUCGAGUUUCUCCACAACAUGAACAUUGCACACAGAGACAUCAAGCCUGAGAACCUGCUGUACACUCAUCAGAAGAGCAACGGUACUCUCAAACUGACAGACUUUGGCUUCGCUAAGGAGACCACUCUACACAACCUCCUGCAGACCCCCUGCUACACCCCUUACUAUGUGGCUCCUGAGGUUUUGGGCCCGGAGAAAUAUGACAAGUCAUGUGACAUGUGGUCUCUGGGCGUCAUCAUGUAUAUCCUGCUGUGUGGUUUCCCACCGUUCUACUCUAACACGGGCCAGGCCAUCUCUCCAGGGAUGAAACGGAGGAUCAGGAUGGGCCAGUACGAGUUCCCCAAACCUGAGUGGGCUGAGGUGUCAGAGGAAGCCAAACAGUUGAUCCAUCAGCUGCUAAAGACAGACCCCAACGACAGAAUGACCAUCACACAGUUUAUGAACCACCCCUGGAUCAAUCAGUCCAUGGUUGUUCCCUCCACACCGCUCCACACCACACGGGUCCUGACUGAGGACAGAGAGAUGUGGGACGACGUGAAGGAGGAGAUGACCAGUGCUCUGGCCACCAUGCGUGUGGACUACGACCAGGUGAAGAUCAAAGACCUGGACACCUCCAGCAACCCACUGCUCAACAAGAGACGCAAGAAGGCCGCUGCCGGGGGCAAAUUGGGAGGCAGCGUCUGCAACAGCCAGUGAAAGACUGGAGGUGGGAGGGAAGCCACAGCCAGAACAGAAAGGGAAGCCCAGAGGACACACCUGGAACAGCUGGGAGGGGAAAAGGCUGUGGGAGGUCUGGGCAGAAACAUGCAGAAGAGAUUUAUCAGGGGGAGUGUGUUCAUACUUAAAUCAGCAGAGGGAGAAGAGGGGAGGCAUAAAGGAGGGAGGGGGUACUGUUAGGAAACAGCAGUGAAAUGUUAUUUGGAGAUUCUCAGCAAUCAGUCAAAUUGAAGGACACAUGAAGUGAUGACAAUGUAUGAAACACUUAUCAGCCAAGAUCAGCAGGCCUUCAUACUGUAGGCCUUCCAUAAGUUUUUAAUUUGAUUGUGUGUUAGUGUGUGUGUUAUUUUGAAAGGUCAUUCAGGAUCUGCUCUUUAUAAGUUCCUGUAUGUUUGUUGUGUGUGUGCCUGUGUGUUUAUGUGUGUUGUAACCAAUGUUCCCUCUAAAAAUGCUCAGCACUGAGCAAAUUUCAGGUCUGCUGAACACAAACUUGAACGUUGUGAAAAUUCUGUGCAAUUUCCAGUGUGUGUUUACUGUGAACACUUGGGCUGUACCCGCUUUCAUUUACAGUUAAGUGGCCAAGUCAUCUACUGUGGCUAUUUGAUCAUAAUGUAGGCCUACCAGAGUGGCCUACCAUCAAAAACACUGGAGAAAAUGCAUCCCAAAACAUUUUAACAUGGAAAUAGCU